GUGCUGAGUUAUGCAUAAAGUCGACGCAUGCGUGGUUUUGCCUAGAGUAGCGGCGUCAUGACAACGGUUUGCCCUUCCUGUGUGUCAGCCAUUUUGAGAGAUAUCACUGGAAGUGUUCUCAGUUUUAUCGUGCAAAAUACGACUCUAAAAGUGUGUACGACUUGAAGAGGUGGAGAAAACUAUGAAUCCUACUACGGCAGUGCCUGUGACCCGCUUGCCCUCCGGGUUGCCGACAGUGGUGAUGGGAGAUGGGACCAGAUGUCUGGUAGAUAACAACACUAUCUGGAUACCAGCUGGUAAUCCUGUUAACUUCUCCCUGGGUGCUGGUUACCCACAACCAAGACUCCUGCAGCCUGGAGUUCAGACAUCUCUGACUGGUAUCCCCCUUACUCCUGCAGUCCAGCGACCACCUUGCAGUAGACGUAGAGAGAUGAUACCUGUCAGCCAGCCGCCUAUCAGCCUGCCCAGUUCAGUGCUAGACCUGGAGCUGAUGAGACCAGAGGUAUGCAGGGGUAUUCUUUUUUUGUGAUGAUUUUAAAACUCAAAACCAUAUUCAAAAGAUGAUUAUACUUGUACUUACGUGAUCAUGAAACAUAAAAAUGAUACAAUGCAUGACUAUAUCGCCCAUUAGGCCUUCUCCUGUGUUCUGCCCCAACUUGACCCACCCAGUCCAGUUCCUCAUCCCCAGUCUAUAGCCCAUGUUGGAACUCCUGCCAUGCCUACAACAAGUUACCCCAAACUCAAUGUCCAUCAAAAGCGAAAACCAGAGCUCAAGCCCUGCAAACGCAAGCCACGCACAUUCAGGCCAAAACCUGAGCCAAAGCCUCGCAUUCCGAAGGAGACAAUGAGAAAGUAUCAGCCAGAGAGCAAGCCCUACUUUGUUCCUCAGCCUCUUGGAGCUCAGCACAUCAAAGCCAAGAGCAGAUCCCUGGGGAACCAUAUCACCAAGUCUGCGGGUAGAAAUAGUAUCAUUAAGGCCUCACCUAACAUUAGUUUUGCUGAACAGUUGUUGUCUGCUGACGGUGCUUACUUAAAGCCAACGCCUGUCUUGCCCAGUACAGGUUGCAAGACAUUCCCUGUCCCUGUUAAGAAUGUAAAGGAUAAGGUUGUUUCGGCAUCAGAGAGUCCUAAGUCAGGUGGUGUCACUGUUGCAACAGUAAGUGUAAAUUCUGCCAAGUCAGUGGACAGAUGUGAGCCCAACUCUGAUGAUGAAUAUGAUGUGGAAUAUCUGUAUCUUACCAAACUCAUUUUAAGGAAAAAGAAGAAACCCACUGCUGAGCUCAUCAAGGAGUCACUGCCCUCACGCAAGAGGAAGUGCCCAGAUGACAACAGCGAGGUGCCCCAAGCUGUGAAGCAGGCAAGACUGGAGGAGCCCCAGGACACUCUGGAGGACCUGGAAGCUCUCCUGGCUGAGUACAGCUCCAGUCUCUCGUCUGGCACCAGGGACUUCUUCUAAACACUGUAAGGGGCAGGGAACAGGUAGGUAUAGAUUAGUGUGUAGUUAGGUUAAUGUUUAUACAUUAUCUUCAACAUGUCUUUUGCUUAUAGUCCUUGUUUUUGCAGUACGGUUGUGCUCUACACUACCAUCUACUGUGCUACACUUCUGCACUAUGUACUAUCCUACACUACUCUGCUAUGUACAAUCUGACACUACUCUACCAUGCACUGUCACUCUACUAUGUUUUGCCAUACACUACCCUACUCUGUACUACCACCUACUGUGCUACACUACUGUACAAUGUACUAUCCUACACUACUCAACUUUGUACUUUCCUUCACAUCUGUACUUUGUUAUUUUAUUCUUCUCUACCUUCUCUGCUAUUCUGUUCUUCCCUUCAAACAUUUCUCAGUACCAAUGAUUGAUGCAUCACUCUGUACUAUCCCAUUUUCCUACUAUACCAUCCUACUGCUGUCUCUCUACUCUGUUGGGGCGGUUGGGUAGCCCAGUGGUUAAA